CGUAAAUCGUCUAUUUCUUCAUCUCUUGCUUGGGUGAGCCGCCUAGAGAGAGAGAGAGAGAGAGAAGCUUCCUCUUCCUUUUAGGGUUUCAGAUCUCCUUCGAUCUAAACCCGAUUAACGUUUAGAUCGAGAAAAAUAUCGAAUCGAUUUACCGCUCAAAUCUUUUUUGGGGAUUGAUUGUUGCGAAAAAUUCGAAUAAGAUGUCUCGGUGUUACCCUUACCCACCACCAGGGUUUGUGAGGAACGAGGCGGUGUUGAUCGAAUCGAUUAAGCUCCAAAAUAAAACGGAGAAGGACAAAACAGAAUCUAAGAAAGAGAAGAAGAGGGAGAAGAAGGAAAAGAAGGAAAAAAGGAAAGCACGGAAAGAGAAUGAGAAACUCUCCGAUAUUGGUGAUGUCAAAACAGCAAUAAAGCUCAAUGAUAAGAAGUAUGACCAAUCAGUGCAAAGUAAAGCAGAGUCAUGUGGUGGCAAUCUUCAAAAGCCAAUUGAAGAUGAGACUGAGCAACUGGAAAGAAGUGGCCUUACUGAAGAACAUGGGCAGGCAGUCUGUUCUCCAAAUGUUAGCUACUUAUCUGACAGCACUCAGAAAAGCAACAAGAGGAAGAGGGAAACCUCACCAUCUAGUGACAUCUCCAGUCAUGGAACCAUUCUUCGGUUACGGUUGCCAUUGAAAAAGCACAAAGAACUUGAUGCAUCGCGAAGCAACAAGCAGCUGUGCUCUACUUCUGGAAGGGUAGAUUCUCCUGCUCAACAGAAGAAUGGAUCUACCCCUGCUCAACAGAAGAAUGGAAUUGUUGAUGUACGGAGUCAAGAAAAGGACCGUUCUAUCAAUUCAACUAAAAAUAUACUUGCCAAGGAGCUUACUCAUGGGCCAAAAAAGGUAGUGCCCGGCCCUGUGCUAAGGAAGAUUGAAACAACACCAAACCCAGAAAAAGUAGUGCCCGGCUCUGUGCCAAUGAAGAUUGAAACAAAACCAAAACCAGAAAAAGUUUUGCCAAGGAAGAUUGAAACAACACCAAACCCAGAAAAAGUAGUGCCUGGCCCUGUGCCAAUGAAGAUUGAAACAAAACCAAAACCAGAAAAAGUUUUGCCAAGGAAGAUUGAAACAACACCAAACCCAGAAAAAGUAGUGCCUGGCCCUGUACCAAAGAAGAUUGAAACAAAACCAAAACCAGAAAAAGUUGUGCCAAGGAAGAUUGAGACAACGGCUGGCCCUGUGCCAAUGAAGAUUGAAAGAACGCCAAACCCAGAAAAAGUAGUGCCGGCCCCUGUGCCAAUGAAGAUUGAAAGAACGCCAAACCCAGAAAAAGAAGUGCCCUGCACAGUGCCAAGGAGGACUGAACUAACAUCACAUGAAAAAAAGAUUCAGAGGAAGGAAUCAGCGUAUAAAACUUUAUUUGAGAACUGGGUUCUGCCUCCGCCUCAUUACCAGGGAGAUGAUUUUGGUGAUGAAGAUUGGCUCCUUGGGAAGAAGCAGGCAGAUACAAAUGGGUCUAAAAUAUUGAAAGCUGGGAAUGAUGUUUCGAGUUGCAGAUGUCCCACUUCGUGGCCACAUGCCCAUUACUUACCCGAGGCUGAAAUACAUGCGUUACCUUACACAAUUCCAUUUUGAAUUUUUGAAUUUUUUUUUGACACUUGCGGUUUGUACAUAAAGUUGUUUUGAGCAGUGAGCGCUAGCCAGAAAUUUUUGAGAAUAUGUACGGUGCUUAGUAGUUUUGCGAAGAGCACCUAAAGCACAUUGUAAUUUGUAAGCCCCAUUGUUGAGGAUUGGAAAUUGUAUCAAAUUUUCAAUUUGAAUGAGUCAGUUACAGCCAUUAAUCUUUAA